UUUUCGAAAUUCUGUAUUUGCACCUUUUUGACAUGUCCUGUAUUCUGUGCAUAAUGUGAUACUUCAUCUGUUUCUAAUUGGAUUCAAACACUCCAAAAAUGUGGAUGAAGUUUCGUUGGAAUAAGUGUUACCUUCUCAGAAACUGUAUUUUCAAUUAUUUUGUAUUGGUUUUGAUGUUACAAUUUCGCUGCCAAAUGGGCUCGGUAGUCGCCACUUUUUCUUCUAAGUAUUCUGAUGAAAACUCUGUUCCUUUUGCAUUUACUUCACCACUUUAUGAAACAAUGUUAGUUAAUGAUGGAAGUUUGCACCGAUAUAUUAUUCCCACCCGUCAUCAUAUGGGUGUUUCCGAACCAUUCAGUGGGAACCCAUCUGGUGAUGUCGUAUUUAACAUCAUGGAUUUUGAUGCUCACAGUUCUUUUCGAGCUGCUUGCAAGAAACUCGGAAAAUUUUUCUUUUUGCAUCUUUAUGCUUCAUCUGAUAGUCCAGCUAUCAAGAAGAAGCCAAAUUAUCGAUUCAAAGUUGAGGCAGUGUUCACUUCGCACAACCAUUCAUCAGUUACCCCAAUCCGAUUAAGCAAUACUACCGAAAUUAUCGUAAACGUCAUAGCUGUUCAUGAAAACUGUCCUAUCUUCACCAGAAAUUUCCAUCAUUUCGAUGUUCCUGAAAACAUAAGCGUCCAACAGUCUAUAGGAAAGUUAUCUGCAAGUAGUUCAGGUUCCAGCGUAAGUGCACAGAAUUUGUUUUAUAUGGAUCCAUCCGAACUCGAUAUCCCUUUUCGGGUUGACUUGUAUUCAGGUGAUAUAUUCCCCACUCGUCCUUUGAACAGUCAAUACGCAAAGAUUGGUUAUCCAGAAUUUAUUCACGGAAAAUCGGAAACCGAAAAUUUUAGGUUUUUAAAUUAUACUUUCAGUGUUUCUGUUGUGAGUCGUGGCGGCAGUGAUCGUGUACGCUGUAAUAUGGUUAUUGCUACAAGAGUUGAAAUAUCGAUCACUAAGUUCCGGCAUUCAGAUUUAUCAAUAAAGGUUGAACAUCUUAAAGAAAUUACCAUGCCGGGUGCGGCCGGUGUAGCUUAUGCUCGUGUUCACGUUGUUGGCUCACCGUCUUCUGUUGGCUCAGCAAUUGGACUCAGGAUUUCAGAACCAGAUAUGAGAGAAAAGUUUGAACUAGUGUCAACAAGUAAGAAAAAUGAAUGGGUAAUUCAGGCUAAGUAUGAUAUACACUCUAUUUCACUAAAUUCGUGGAUGCUGAUAACGUUGGAAGCAUACGAGGUCCCCAGGUUUGUUACCAAAUGGGAUGAAAAUCUGAAUGUUUUCACAGGCCGUUUGUCUCGUCUAAAUGUUAAUAUUCCUUUGGUUUUCAAGUCUAAAUAUAAAUUAUCUUUGCCCUCAGAAAUAAGAAUUCGUUUAUCAGAGGCUGCCAUUGUGAAUUCAACUAUAGAGGUUCUAAGGCCAUCAGCGAUUUUUAAUAUGACCAAUGCAAGCUUUGUGUUUACAGAUCUUCGUAGUCAAAAUCAAAAAUCGGAAUCCAAAGAAAAGAUAAGGUUGACAAAAAGUGGUUCUCUUGUGGUUGUGCAGCCACUUGAUUUAGAGAAUGAUGUUUCUGUCCAAAAAUCACCUCAGGCUCAUGUCAAUAACGUAAUUACCAUUCCUUUUACUGUUGUGGAUGGCAAUAAUUUGUUAUUAAGCAGUGCACCAGAGUCGCGUAUCAUUGUUGAGGUUUUCGACAUAAAUGAUUUAGAUCCUGUUGUGCAAAACAAUGGUUCUGUAUUUGAAGUACCUGAAAAUGUCUCUUUGAAUUCGCAUGUACUUUCAGUUAUCGGAUACGAUCCUGAUGUGUCACAUACAGAUCUUUCUUAUGUCCUAUAUGAUGCUGACAUCUUACCAUUUACAUUAAUUGGUCCUCGUAAUGAUAAACUGGUAGUAUCGAAGCCUCUCGACGCAGAAACUAUGCCAACAGAAUUCAUCGUUCGCGUACUUGUGUCAGAUUCUGGGAUUCCACUCCCUCGUAGCGUUUUAGCCGUUUAUAUCAUUCGAAUCCUGGAUAUUAACGAACACCCUCCAGUCUUUGUGGAAGAUUCUUGUGAAAUUUCACUUCCAGUCACGGAUGAGGGCUCCAUUUUCUCCAAAGCAGCACCAUCGUCACCGAGCCUUAAUAUAGGUCGGUAUUUCGCUGAGGACUUGGAUCGAGAUGGUCAGAGUUCUGUUACAAUCCACAUAGCAGCUAGCAGUUUUCCAAGACCAUGUUUCAAAAUUGAGGAACAAACAGGUGAUCUAAAUGUUGUUUGUUCUUAUUUAGGUUCUCCAGGAGCUCAAAUUCUACUUAAUUUAUUGGCUUCAGAUGGUAUGAAAGUUUCCAAAGAAUCAUGUACAUUGUCAUUAAAUCUAGUUCGUUUUCAAGAAAUAGCUGGUACUAAUUUCACAAGGCGCUGCAAGUCAUCCCAUGUUUAUGAUAAAUUACAAGCACUGAAAAUACAAAAAAAGAGGUAUGAAUUUCUACUUAGUCAAAAUACCGUUUACGAGCUACAGUUGAAUCGCCAUCGACCACAAUUCCCGACGGACUUACCUACUCGUAUACAUAUUCCUGAAAAUCUUCCUAUAGGUACAGUUAUACUGAGGGAAUUCGUUACCAACACAACAUUCUGCUGUGGUGUUUCGCUGGUAGUGGCUGCCUCCUUAGAUCGGGAAGUAAUUUCCAGUUAUAGUUUGAUUCUACGUGCAUGUGACCUUGGUCAACCGCAGUUAUGUACUUUUUCUCCACUACAUAUCUUCCUUGAUGAUUUAGACGAUAAUGCCCCUGAAUUUUUUAAUCCAUCUGUCCAACAAAGUAGUAAUAUGGUCCAUAUCUCUACGAAUCCUUCACUACCAACAUCUAAUCAGGAUAGGGUUUCAGGUAUUAUUAACGUUCCCGAAGAUGCACAGCCUGACACAAUAUUGGGUCAAGUUCGAGCUGUCGAUCGUGAUGUUACGAGCGAAGUUCGUUAUCAUCUGUUAAAUUUUCAGGAUGUAUUUAAGAUACAUAGUCGAACAGGCAAAAUCCGUUUGAAAACAAAAUUGGAUAGGGAGACUCGAUCAGUAUAUGAACUAUUGGUGUCUGCAGUCGGCUAUCCUCGUGGAAACCAUCAACAGUCCCAGUUUAAAAUACCAUACUUUGAUUUUAUCCAGGUCUCUCAAGCGGUCGACUAUGAUGUUCGACGCUCCGCAAAUACGCGUAUCAAUAUAAUCGUAACUGAUGUCAAUGACAAUCCUCCAGUAUUUUACUCCCCUGGUCUACCUCAAGAACAUCAAUAUCUAUAUAAUAAUUCAUCUGGAAUUACCGGUUUGAAUGCUUGGCUAGGGACUGAUGGAUAUAUUGUCUACGUGCCUGAAGAUAUCCCAGAAGGUGCUUAUAUAACUACGUUGAUGGCUACCGAUAGAGAUGAAGGUAUGAACGCUUUGAUCAGAUAUAGUCUAUUCGGGAAGCAAGAGAGCAGUGCAAAUUGUUUUCAUACAGAUCAGAUGACUGGUGUUGUUCGUUUAGCUGCAGGAUGUGAUUUGCAUAGAAGUAGUCGUAGUCAUGUUCUUACAGCUUGGGCUAUGGAUCAUGGUGCAUCGCAGCUGUAUGCCAAUAUUUCAUUCAUUGUUCAUGUCUUGUCUGUCAAAUUGAAUAUUUUUCCACCUCGUUUCAUGGCACACCCAGCUCUGUUUAGUGGAUGGAUACGUGAAAACCAACCUUCUGGAAGUUUCGUUUUUUCAAAGCGUGAUCUUGCAUCUAAAUUGCAACUGAAAGCAAUUGAUGCAGAAGGUAGCAAUGUAAUUUUUGUUGUAGUUGGGGGGUCAGGAUUCGGUCUGUUUGGUGUGAACGAUAAUGGUUUCAUAUUCAAUACACGAGAAAUAGAUGCUGAGUCAAUACAAGAAGAUGGAGGAUUUUGGUUGGUAAUUUAUGGGCUUGGAUCGCAACAUCCAUCCACGUCCUCUUCAUUUGUUUCUGACACCGUGGAAUCCUAUAUGGUUUCGUCUGAAUUCAGUGGACCAUUGUAUGCGAUUGCCGAGCUAUUUAUUGAAGUCGUUGAUGAAAAUGAUCAUUUUCCUGUAUCUCUGAUUCCACAAUACUGCCAUCACUUGUUGGAAAAUUCACCUGCUAAUAUUGUAGUAACUCAUAUUGUCGCUUCUGAUUCUGAUAAAAAUAAAAAUAACUUGACAUAUAUAAUAACAGCUGGUGAUCCUCAAGGUCACUUCAUGGUCGACUUAAAAACAGGUGUGUUGACAACAACAGAACGUUCAUUGGAUCGCGAAGCAGUUCUAAAAGAUACUGGAAGAGUCGAAUUGAAUCUUGUGGUUAGCGUAUCCGAUGCUCAGUCAAAUCCACGAUCAACUGAAGUUUCAGUUAAAGUCGAAUUAAUGGACGUAAACGAUAAUUCACCUCAGUUCGUUCAUACUGCUCCAAGUGAAUUUUCAAAAUAUAUUAUGGGUGCAGAGAUCCCUUUCUACUUUUUUCAGUAUUACGCAACAAACGCUUCGAAUUCAGUGAUUUGUGUUGGACGUGUUUUUGCCUUAGAUUUGGAUGCUGGAUUAAAUGGGACAGUUGUUUAUGAACGUGAAUCUUUAACUAGUUUUCAGCUAAUAACAGACGGUGGUUUUAAUGUAAUAACAAAUAGUGGCUUGAUUUGUACCAAAAAUGGUCUACCACCAGUUGGGGAAUAUAGAAUUCAAGUAUAUGCUAAAGAUCAAGGUACUCCGAGUUUACGUUCAAAUAAAGAUCAAUCAGCGCUUGUCUCUAUUCGUAUACUUAAACCUCCGACUGCUGAUUUAUCAGAAAGAUUAGUUGAAGGUACUCAUUCAAUAAAAUAUACAUCCAUACCACCAAACACUUAUUCAAUAGAUACCAACUGUAUUAUUGGUCAGAAACUUUUCAGCUUUUCAGUUUAUGAUUCUUAUGAUCCCAGUGGAAUGGGAUUAAUAUUUGAACUUUUAACGUCCAAUCAUUCCUAUCAUCAUCCAUUCGCAGUUGGCUAUUCUACACCAACCAGUUUAUUUGUCUAUUUAGCUGAACAUUUAGAAUAUCAUUUGUCGCCUAUUCAUAAUUUAUUAUUGAUUGUUUCAAAUGGUUUAGAGAUGAUAACUACUAAGAUUGAAAUUACUGUGAAACCAACUAUUCGAUCAAGUCCGAAAUUUCUUCUACAUUCAAUCACUUCAGAAUCUGAAAAUUCAUCUCUAUCUGAUAAUUAUCAUCAACACAUAAUUAUUCAUGUAAAUAUAACAGAGUCUACACUAAUUGGAAGUCUUGUCUGUCGAUUGUAUGUGGAAGAGUCAGGUAUAGAUUUCAUGAACAAAAUACACUAUUCGAUAAUAUCUGUUGAACAUAGUCAGACAUGGGAUUUGUUUACUUUGAAUGAAAAUACCGGUGAACUACUUGUCAGCGGACUUUUGGAUUAUGAAAUGAUUCAGCAUCAUUACCUAUUGGCUGCAGUACGAUAUUCAGGAAUGUCAUUGUACUCAUCUCACGCAACCAUCUAUGUACAUAUAUUAGAUGCGAAUGAACAUGCUCCACAGUUUCUUGGUUUAUAUACACCUUCAAAUUUAAUCACUAAUAAUAUAAACGUAUUAGAUAGUGAUGCAAUGUCUCGUUUAGGAAGUUUCACUUUUUAUGUAUCAGGUGAUAGUCCUGUCGGUAGUUCAAUUGGUUGUGUCACAGCAUUUGAUCCAGAUUCUAGUGAUAAUGGACAAAUUGUAUACAACAUUGUUAAAGGUGAUACUUCUGAUUUCUUUGCUAUUGAACCAAAAACCGGAUGUAUAACUUUAGUGAAACAUCUACUUCCUAGUCAUUCUUACUCAAAUACUGGGGAGUUAGUACCGGGACUUAACUCAAAACUGUUUGUACGAACACAUUAUCUAGUUGUAUCUGCAAGUGACAAUGGGACUCCCGUAUCGAAAUCUAAUUAUACACAAGUUAAAAUACACAUCGUUCCUGGCCCCGGUGGUAUUGACGCACCAGCACCACGUUUUGCGUCCGAUGAUGUACUUUAUUUAACUGUUCAUGAAAAUGUUCCACCAAAUACAGUUUUGGCACCAUUAAUACGCCAAUUGACUUCGGAUUCUGCUAUACCUGGUUUUAUUGCAUUUCGAUUAGUCAUGGCUGAGCCAAUGAAUUUAUUGUAUGAGCAUCGUACAAAUUCAAAUGUUCCUAUAAAUUUGUUUGGAGUAAUUGUUGAUACUGGUCUGUUGGUCACAUUGGUUCAGUUAGACAGAGAAACACAUGGUGAUUUUCAUCGUCUUGUUGUGGAAGUCGUCGGCACUGGUGGUAUUCGCAGUAUGUUCUAUGAUCGUUUGAUAAUUCAAAUACGCAUUCUCGAUGUAAAUGAUAAUCCACCAAAAGUCAUUGGGCCAAGUCGUAUGACUGGUUGGAUUACUGAGAAUUCACCAGCUGGUACUAUGAUUGUGGGUCAUUGUUUAGAAGAUCAUUUGGUUGCUUGUGAUUUAAACUAUAUCAGUCCACUCACUAUAAAAGCCAUUGAUUAUGAUGUGGGUAUGAGUGCGAAGAUUGUAUAUAAUUUUGUCGGAUCACAAGUGGAAGAUCAGAAUCGUCAGCCUUUCAUUGUGGACAGUUCAACUGGAGUACUACGUCUUGCUGAUCAUGCAUCGUUAGAUCGCGAAUCAAUAGGACAUUACAAUCUUAUGAUUGAAAUAUCAGAUAAUGGGACACCUAGUCUUACAGCUGACCGAUUAAUAAGAAUUUUUGUUGAAGUUACAGAUGUAAACGAUAGUCCUCCGAUUUUUACAGAUUCAUUUUACUUAAGAUCUACACUAUUUUUACCAACUUAUCCAACCGAAUCGGUUUUACAAUUAACGGCAGAAGAUCCAGAUCUGAAUGACUCUGUUCAUUAUUACCUUGUCGGUGGAGAUGGCGCUGAGCAUUUUACUCUUGAUGAAAAUGAUGGUAUUUUACGUGUAGCAUCGAAUUCCACUCUUUCAUUAACUAAUGUCUCGUAUUCACCAUGUUCAUUAAAUGAUCAAGUCUUUUUUCUACAUGUUGAAGCUUGGGAUAAUCAUAAACCAAUAGCUCACGUUAGUCGUUCAAAUGUUACAAUUUUUGUACGCUGUUCAACUUCUGUUCAAGAAUCUCAAACCUUAGUUAUAGAUCCUGUAGAUGGUUUGUAUGUGGAAGUUGAAGAACACUUUGCUGGUCCAGAUCUACUCAAACUAGGUCAAUUGUCCGUUCGUAACUCUCCGAUUGGCAGAAUCUAUAGGUUUAUCACGCUCGAUCCUCAUCCGGGCAUUUUUGUCCAUCCAUUGACUGGUGGCGUUUUUGCUACCGGGAAACAAAAUUCCACCGAAUUAGAUCGUGAAUCAACUGCGAAUUUCACUAUGAAUAUUCUUGUACGUGAUGCUGAAAAUCGUAUUGGGACUGCUGUAAUACAUAUACAUUUAUUAGAUAUUAAUGAUUACCAACCGGAAUUUAUUGGUUUACCAUAUUAUGUCACGUUUUGUGUUGGUUCAAGCACUAGUUUCAAUGCAUUGAAUGAACAAUCAACCGAUCGAAGUAUAGAAGCUGAUCCUACUUGUAAAAGUUUGAAUAAUUUUAAAGUUACGGCUAUUGAUAAAGAUAAAGGUAUAAAUGGAACUGUGGUGUAUAGUCUUACCAAUAUUCGUCCUAGAGCUGAACCGCCAUUAUUAUCCAUCAACUCUACAUCUGGACAUAUAUAUUUACUUCGAAGUCUUCCAUCUGAUUGGACUGGUAGACAAAUUGAAGCUGUUGUUGCAGCAAUCGAUGGAGGGGGUCUUUCGUCAACAGCUAUUGUUAAUAUUCAUUUGGUUGCUGAAAAUGGUCCACAAUUCUCAGCUAUACUUUAUUCUGCUACUGUUCCGGAAUCUGUACCUAUCGGUGAAACUGUCACUUCUAUUGAAGCAGUAGGCAUAAAUAAUGAUGCUAGUUUAAUUUAUCGUAUCGUAAGUGCUAAAUCUAUGAAACAAAUCCUUAUGUCAUCCAAUGAUUUAUUUCAUGAUUUCAAAGAAAAAGAUCCAUUAACACUAGAGGAUUGUCCAUUUGGACUUGAGUUUAAUACAGGCAUUGUUCGAGUCAGUAAUCGUUUAGAUUAUGAAGUCUCAUCUCACUAUUUAUUACUAAUUGAAGUUAUUGAUACUCAAACAGGUUUUGCGGCUCGUGUAAAUCUGAUAAUUAACGUAACUGAUGUCAAUGAUGUUUCACCAAUAUUUGCAAUUAACGAAUAUUCUACGUCUAUAUCGGAAAAUGUUCCCAUUGGUUAUCGAAUUCUAACCUUGAAAGCCUAUGAUCCAGAUUCUGAUUUAGGAGGACUGAUAAAAUACAGUUUAGAGUCACAUAAUCCAUUAACGGACUCGAGUCUACUUUCGUAUUUUAAAUGUGAUCCAGAAACUGGUGAUAUAUUUGUUGCUAAACAAUUGGAUUUUGAAAGUGUACGUGAAUAUUUUUUAUGGGCUGUUGCUUCUGAUCAGUCGCUUAAUUCAUUGGUGACACGUGUUCCCCUUCAUAUUCAUGUCUUAGACUUCAAUGAUAAUCCACCGUAUUUUGAUUCAUUUUUACCAUUGAAAAUUGAAAAUCCUUUAUCUAUCAAUCAGGACAAUAUUGAUAUUAUUCAGUCAAAAUGUGUUCAUCAUGUUGCAUUGAAUGAACGUUCACCUAUUGGUACAAUUAUUUUACAAUUAUCUGCUACAGAUCCAGAUAUAAAUGAUUCACUAUUAUAUCAUAUUAUAUCAAUUCAUCAGAAUGAGACAUUUUAUUUUCAUCUUGAUGAAUAUAGUGGUAUAUUACGUUGGAUUCCUUUAGUGAAUAUUUUUGGCAAACCUAUUAGUAGUAAUAAACAAUUAAAUACAAAUGAAAUAAUUACAACUUUGAAUCAUAAUAAUCCAUUAGAAUUUCAUUCAGGUAUAUCUAUUGAUCAAAUUAAAAUUAAAGUUGAAGUCACUGAUGGCCUACAUUCAAGUACAUGUAAUGUCAUAGUUCAUUUGGAUCCAAGUAAUUGGGAUCCACCUAGAUUUCAUUUACCAAAAUAUGAAUGGUGGGAAAUAUCAGAGCUAACAACUGUUGGAUCGAUUGUUAAUCGAAUCCAACCAGCUAAAGAUAUGGAUCGUGGUAAAUAUGGACAAAUUGUCUACAAUAUAACUGGUGGUGAUAAACAUGAAUGGUUCAGCAUAGAUCCUAGUGAUGGUACUAUUCGUUUGACUCGUUCAUUGGAUAGAGAAAUGAAAAAUCAAUAUAGUUUACUAAUACAAGCUACAGAUGGUGGCGGCCUAAUGGAUUUCAUGAAAUUAGACAUUUCUGUUAAAGAUAUCAAUGAUAAUCGACCAAUAUUUGCACAGGACAAGUAUGAACUGACGCUAUUACCAUUCAUGUAUAAUCCAUCUGAGGAGGAAGUUUUUCCAGUGACUUUACCGUUACAGUUGAAAGCCUAUGAUUUCGACAUCGAAGAAAAUGCUCAACUUGUCUAUCGAAUAUUCAGUUCACCAUCCAAUGAGUUAUUUCAAUCUAAACGAUUUUCAAUCGAUUCAACUACUGGUUUACUUCUACUGAAUGAACGAUUAUCACCGUCUAUUGCUGAUGGUAGGAAAGAACAAUUGUUAGUCGUUGCUUGUGAUUCACCUGUUUAUUCUGAUUCUGUUGUGCUUUGCUCGAAUCCUGUACAGAUUCACAUACACAUUUCUAACCAGUCAUCUAUUGUUCUACCGGAGAUUGUGUGUACAUCUCAACGUUUAUUAGAGGAUGAUUUUAUGUUUGAACGUCAAGUUGGUGUAUGUGAAGUUAAACCGGCUAAUUGGAGUAGUCGUUCAUGGCACCUAACUGGCAUAUCACCAUUACCACUACAACAUGAUCAAAGUAUUUUUAGAAUCGACUCCGAAACCGGUCAAAUAUUUUCGAUAAAACCUUUGAAUUAUGAAGUUCAAUCAAUAUAUGAAUUAAAUAUUGAAUUUCAUGCUUUGGCAUAUAAUCCUGUAAUCAUUAUGCGUACAAAGUUAACCAUUGAACUGAUUGAUGUCAACGAUUGUACACCAUACUUUGAUUCUCCAUUAUAUCAUAUUGACUUACCAGAGGAUUAUCCAAUCAAUGUAAAAUUCCUUCGAACUUUAGCUAUGGACGAUGAUGCUGAUAACGAUCAGGGUGGUCAUUAUGCUGGCAAUAAACAAGAUAUCAUCACUUAUUCUCUAUGGCCGAUAUCUACUUUAACGUCGGGACAUUUCAGUUUACGUGGAAAUUUCCAAGAUCAGUCGGAUAAUUUAGAAAAGUUAAUUUUAUUUGAUCCUGAAUUACAAACAUUACGUAAAUUGUUUAAAAUAGAUGGAAAAGGUUGGAUCUCACUCAGAUCUUUUUUAGACUUUGAAUCGAAUCGUGAGCAUAUAUUUCAGGUUAUGGCUACUGAUGCUGCUGGUCAUUGGAAUACUAGUCGAGUACACAUUUUUGUACAUGAUGUUAAUGAUAACCCGCCCUAUUGGCCACUUUCACCAAUCCGUAAUGAUUCUUUGGAAUUUAUUUUACCGGUCGAUUUGAGGAAGCGUCAAAUAUUGUCAGAUGAAAUUGAAAUCUUAGAAAAUUGGUGGCCAUCAAAAGAUGAAGAGAUUAUCUAUCAGUUAUCCAUAAUGGAUCCUGACCAGGAUGUACAUUCCGAAGUUAAGUUCACCCUCAUCAAUGAACACUUGCCUGCUUUAUCCUCCCAAAAUUCUCAUGGGAAUAGUUUCUUUUAUAUUCAACCAUCGGGUGCUCUACAUCUUCGCAAACCACUAGAUAGAGAACUAUCAUCUGUUCAUGUUCUUCGAUUUCAAGCAUCGGAUGGACAGUUUGUUACACAAGAUCUUUUCAUUUUACGCGUGAUAGUUAAAGAUGCAAAUGAUAAUAUCCCAAUAUGUAUACAACCGGAUCGCGUUAUCUCAGUCCCAGAAAAUUUGAAACUGGGCACAAUUUUGACAACAUUAAAUGCAACAGAUAGUGAUGCAGAUGCUCACAACUCUAUGAUCACGUAUUCCAGUAAAUUUCAGAAUUCAAAUUUUUUCUCCGUCGAUACUCACAAGGGCACUGUCACUUUAAAUACGUCAUUAGAUUUUGAAUUAAGUCAAGAACAUGAACUUAUAAUCGAUGCUGUAGAUCCCGAAGGAUUUAGUUGCUCAUUCAAUCUGAAAGUAGUUGUUUUAGACAUCAAUGAUAAUCAACCAAUAUUCGAUGCCAUAGAGAUAAAUGCUAUUCCAGAAGAUGCACCACUAGGAAGCUUGGUAGGAAAGAUAAAUGCUCGAGAUUUGGAUUCUGUUGAUACUAAUCGUUUAGUCUACAGUCUCGUUGGAGCCCAUGACUCUAGUUUCAGUAUUGAAUCACACACUGGCUUAUUAAGAGUCAGUCGACCAUUGGAUCGUGAAGUUAAAAGUGUUCAUACUCUAACUGUUAUAGUAACAGACGGAUCACAUCAACAUUCUAGUGCAGGCGAACAGUCUACUUCAUUCACAUCGAGUGCAACAUUUACUAUAAAAUUACUUGAUGUCAAUGAUUCACCUCCUCAAUUUGUGAACACAUCUGCUCAUCGGAUAAAAAUAUCAGAACUGGCGCCUAUAGGUGAAAGGCUAACUCGCCUCAAGGCGAUUAGCCAAGAUGAAGGUGAUAAUGCUGUGAUACAUUAUCGUUUGCUUACUAAACAACCGGAAUUUGGUUUAAAUGAAACAACUGGUGAUUUAUGGCUUCAGAAACCAUUGGAUUAUGAACAAACAUCAGCAUACUUUCUAACUAUCGAAGCACGUGAUCGUGGUCAGCCUCCAUUGAGUAGUACAGCUGUGUUAACUGUUCAAGUGGACGAUGCUAAUGAUAAUCAGCCACAAUUUUUGGGUAGACAACGUAUUCCAGAAAAUAUUGGUUUGAAUAACCUGGAUGGUCUGACGUCCAUUGAUUCAAAUUUUUAUGAAUAUUACUAUUCAUUCAGUGUAGUGGAGAAUAGUCGUAAUGGUACUGUUGUUGGCAAGCUGAAUGCAAUCGAUCCAGAUAGCGGUGAUAACGGUCGUGUAAGCUUUCAUCUGAGCGGAAAUAUUGAUUUCUCUACUUUAUUUAAAACCUAUCAACAGGAUUCAGAAAACAUAGAAUUUUUAACAGUUGCUGAAGCUAAGACACGUUUUAGUUUAGACUCAGAAUCUGGCCGGUUAAUACUAAUCUUUCAACCUGAUCGUGAAGCAGUCAGUGGUUAUUGGUUAAUGGUACAAGUUGAAGAUCAUGGAAAACCAAUUCCUUUGUCUAGCCUAACAUUAGUUUAUGUGGAAAUAUUGGAUAUCAAUGAUUGUGCACCGACAUUUGAAAAGUCUAACUAUGAAUUUUAUGUUGAAGUUGAUCGUUCCGGUAAUAUAAGUUCAUGUUCUGAGAAACAAAAUUCAUAUGAAAAUAAUUGUCAGUCUACUACCGGUAGCAGUGGGAAUGUUCUCAUUGGUCGGCUCAAGUUGACAGAUUCUGAUGCCCAUCCAAAUUCUGGUCCAUUUACAUGUCACUUAGCUAAUUCUGGUAUUAUCCAAACUGUUCUACAUGAUUCAUUAUCAUCAUCAAGAUCAAGUGCUACAUCACUCAUUACUUCUACUACUGGUAGUAGUAGUAGUACCAGUCUAUUUUCUGUUCGAUCUACAGAAGUGAGAAUUCAUACAUCUAAUUCAAAUAAAAAUGAUCAUCUCAACAAUCAGACAGAUUUUAGUAGAGGAGAAUGUUUACUCUAUGCUAUUGACAAAUUACCUGUUGGUAGUCAAAGUUUAGUGAUCCGAGCCAAUGAUAAUGGUUUAACUGCACUACAUACAACAACUACGGUCACUGUUCGUAUCAUCCGGAUGUCUAAUCUACCACCAGAGAUUGUCAAUACAAAUUCUACAUUGAUUUAUUAUCGUAGUUUACACGAUUGGAAUGAGAAUUAUUUUCAUGAGUCAUCUUCGAAACAAGAUAUCUCUGAGCAAAUUUCUGAUAAAACUAUAUGUCGUAUAACAGUAAAAGACCGUACAGCACAUGAUCGGUUAUUUUUUGAAUUAUUAAAAGAUAACACAUCCAUGUCAAAUUUAUUCUCUGUCGACCAAUAUGACGGAACUAUACGUCCUGCUAUGAAAAUAUCUUCUAAUUCCGAUACAAGUCGCUCUAAUCUAUAUGAUACAUCAACUUCUUCACGUAAACCUAUAUUGAACCGAUUUCAUAAUUCGCUAAUUCAUCUUGACUCUGGCAAUUAUCCAUUGCGUGUACGUGUUACAAAUGGUACGCUUACUUCUGAAGCAACAAUGCAUAUUAAAGUGAUAGCGAUAACUGAAGAAAUGCUUGACUCAUCGUUGGUAAUUCGAAUUUCAAAUCUACUACCAAAUUUAUUUUAUAUGGAAAAUUAUAAUACUGUUUUACAAAAUCAUUUAUCUAAUCUACUUUUAGAGUCAAGUUCAUCGUAUUUUUCACCAUCCAGUUCAACAAUCUUAUCACCAAAGAAUAAUUCAUCACAAGAUGAGAAUGUUUAUAUUCUUUCUGUACAAGAAACAGAUUUUCCGAAUCGUCUUAAUUCUUUGUCAUCUUCAUCUAAUGUUUAUCAUCAGAAAAAUGCAUUUAUGGAUUCACACCGUAACAAACGUAGUAUUGAUAGAGCUGUUGAUAUACUGAUCGCAGUAUAUGAUCCUAAAGAAAGAGAAUUUAUUAAACCAUUUAAAAUCGCUCAAGCUAUCAAUGGAAUAGCUGAUAGUUUAUCUGUGGAAUUCGGAGGAGAAAUUGAAGCUGUCCAUGAUGUUUGUACACCACAGUUUUGCCCUCACGGUCGUUGUCAUACAAAAGUUAGUAUUGAUCCGAAUGGUCUCAUGAAUCGUAUUGAAGUGCAUCGUGUAAAUCAAGUAUCACCUCGAUUUGUGCUAUCGCCUGUUUGCCAAUGUCCGAUACAUUUUACUGGUUUACUUUGCAAUACACCGACUGAUGCUUGUGCACUGGCCAAUUGUCCUGCCUCUCGAUUAUGUAUUCCACAUGGUUUAAAUGACUAUUCGUGUAUUUGUCCACCGCCCCGCACCGGUCCCAAUUGUGAAUCACUUUUAAUUUACGGUGAUGGUAGGGAUGAUUGCCAUUCGGAAUCGUGUUUUAAUCAAAGAGAAAAUGGACCAUUACAGUUUACUGGUGGGACAUUUAUUCAUUGGGAAUUUGUAAAUCCUAAUCCAUUUUUUAUGGAGUUGAAAUUUUCUUUUCGAACUCGACAAACAAAUGGACCUUUAGUAUUUAUACGUUGGUCAUCAUUAAGAACUUUUCAAAUAAGAUUAACGGAUGGUGGACAUUUGGUGAUUUCUGCUUCUGGUUUAUCUAAUGGUUUACCAAUAACUGAUUGGUUAGUAUCUAAUGUAUCAAUCGCCGAUGGUCACUGGCACCGUGUACGAUUUGUUUUGACAGUGUUAAAUUCCAAUAAAGCAACCCAUGUUGAUGCCUUAUUUCAUGAUGCAUUAAUAGAAGAUUCAAAAAUGAAAUUAAAUUCUUGGAAUUCCAAUUCAGAUUGGUGGGUUGAACUAACUGUCAAUGGAAUCAAUCCUCAAUCUGCUUCAAUCAACUGGAGUCCAGGUGAUUCAUAUCAACAAGGAAUUCUAGUUGGAGCAGAUCUAGUACAUGGAUUUCGUCCUUUGAGUGAACCGUACAAAUUAACAACUAUCAACACAGCUCCCAAAAGUAAUUCAUUUCUUAAUUCAACAAACUCAUCGCCGAUUAUCUUCCGAUCUGGAAUUGUUGGCUGUUUUCGUGAUUUUACUAUUAAUCAUAUCAAACCACCUUAUCAAAUCAAUUUGGCUCCUAAACACUCUGAAAGUUUUCGUGGUUUCUCUUCAAACCCAUCUGUAUUAAUUGUAAGGACACAUAAAUUAGAUUACGGUUGUCAACCUAUUAUGACAAUAUCUGGAUCUUGUGCAUCUGGGCCGUGUUUACAUGGUGGAACUUGUGUAACUGGUUCAAAACAAUCAUCUAGCAGUUCAUCUUAUAUAUGCGAUUGCCCUUCAUUAUUUCAUGGGAGACAUUGUGAACGAACUAAUGAUGCUUGUCUACUUGCACCAUGUUACAAUGGUGGAAGUUGUCAAGCUCUCAUAACAUCAAGUAUAUCCAAAACACCUGCACAUUCUGGUUUAGCUGCUUAUCGUUGUAUUUGUCCAGCUGGUUUAUCUGGUUUACAUUGUGAAAUUGUACACCCGGAAAUUAUAUCACAAACUUCAUUGUUAAGUAAACCAUUAGAGAAAAGUGGUUCAACAAUUCAAUCUGGUAUUACUUGUCAUACAGCACAAUUAAUUCUACAACAGGAUAUAUUGAAUAAAAUACAACCGGUAACCAGUUCUAAUUUUCGUUAUGCCUUUUCGAUACCUUCAUCGAAUAUAAAUCAAGAUUCACGAGAAUUGGUUUGUUUACAUAAUGGUUCGUGUUUGGAUUCGUCUAGUGGUCCACAGUGUAUUUGUCCUUCAGGUUGGCAAGGAGCACGUUGUGAAUAUGAUGUUGAUGAAUGUCAAGUGGUGAAAAGUAUCUAUUCAAGUGAUUUACAUCAAUCACCACCCUAUAUCAAAUGGUUAGAAAACCGCGCCAGUUCUAAAGGAGGUUUAUGUAGUCCAUACAGUUCUGGACGAGGUGUAUGUUUUAACACUCCUGGUUCAUAUAAAUGCAAUUGUUCAGUCGGUUUUUCUGGUCAGCAUUGUCAAUCAAAGAAUUUGAUCCCGUUGAUUCCUGAUACCACCGUUCUUGGACUCAAUCAAUUUCAUAUUUAUAUCACCGUUGGCCUUUUAGCAUUUCUUUUUCUGGCUGCAUUGGCUACAAUAGUAUUGCUGGCGUGUCGAGCUCGCGACUCUCGAUUAAAUCAUUUAAGUCAUUCUGCUGGUGGAAGUUUAUCUGGUAUACCAUUUGUUGCUGCUAGUCCAGCACAUUUAAAUCAUGCUAGUCAUAUUGGUACACAUCCUAGGUAUCAUAUGAUAUCUACAAGUCAUCGUCGCCCCUCUCUAGCCUCGACGACGUUCGGUUAUCCAGUCGCAAUGGAUGAAAGUGCAACCGCUCUACUGAACAGCAACUCGGGACAAAUGCCAUUUUCUUCAGAAUCCGUCAAACUUGGUGGAAAUUGUAAUGCCGGUGCCACGUUGGCAGACUUUGGGGAUCGUGACGAUUCUGUUUCUGCCUGUAAUUCUGGAUUAGUGCUGUAUCCAACUGGCGUUAAAGAUCAAAUCCCAGUGAUGAUGAUGCUUUCUCCCCUUCCUGGUGCACAUGGAUCAGUGGGCCCUGGUAACCGAGCUAGUGUAAUUGCACGCUACUCACCUGCUUCUUCAGUUAUCUUCUAUGGGCCAGGUGUUCCCUCUGGUUCUGCAACGCCUACAAAUCAGAUCCAUUCCCCUCAACCAGGUUUUUGUGUCGAUUCGUCAGGUUCCGGCUAUAUUUCUCAACGUCAAUGCUUCACUGGUUCUCAGGUAGCCGUGUAUCCAUCAGGACAUCCUGCAUUUUUACCUCAUCCUCAGUCUCACCAACAGCUUAUUCAAAUGGUCAACAUGCGUCCGAAUUCUGUAGUAGGUUCUGAUCGUUUAUCUCUUGGUUCAGGUAGUGACCGAUUUUCUGCUCAUAGUAGCCAGGUUCUAGUGCAACCUAACUGUACUGGUCCUAUGCCUUACCCGAAUUGUCCUCAGUCUCAAGCUUUAACACCUCAGUUAUACUACCAUCAACCAUCAACACCUCAAAACCAAACAUGGACACCACAUUUAUCAAAUACAGGGCACAAUCAACCUGGUUUGUUGAUUAUAAAUCAAAAUCAUGAUGAUUCUAACUUGGAAGAUGCAUGUAUGACACUAAAACCCCAGAGUACUGACACUGUCAAAGCUGUUGAUGUAAACAAAGUCCAAUCGCCUAUGAAAAGUCAGUCAACUUGUGAUAACCAAACACCUGAACCAACCAGCAAUAAUAACCGGAAGGAACUCAACCAACGACCAGUUCCUGCCAGCAUCCAGCAUACUACAAGUGCAUUUGUUUUACAAGGGCGACAAUAUUCUGGGAGGCAACAAAAUAAUCAUGAAGCCCAUUCUAAUUCUGGAAUACGAAAUACUAUUAUUGUGGAGACAAAUGGUUGUGUAAACGGUUCACGGGUAGUGGGUGAUCCUAGCCCUUCUCCUACACAUUUAUCAAAUAAUUUUGCAAAGGUUGGAUCCAUUCAUACCAUAUCAACUUCUGAACAUGUUAAUAAUUCACAAAACAAUAAAACUAACAAAGACGGUGGCGCUGCUCAAGAUCAGAUUCCAAACAAUUUGGAUUGGUUUGGUAAUGAGUCAGGCUUUCAUCCACUUCUCUCAAGCAAUAUCUGCAAUUCUUUAGAAUUAAAUGGAAAUUACAAAGAAUCUCAGAUAAAAACCAAUGAGAAGUCAGAUACAACAGUAACUUCGGAAGUCUCCAAAAAAUCAUUGACCAAUGGUCAAACAACAAUAAUGAUACCAACGACAACAAAACAACAAUUAUCUUCGAAUGUUGUAAAUAAUUUAAUUCAAGAUACAAAACAUAUGGCACACAUAAAUGAUGUGUAA